GCGGGAAGCUCGCAUAGGGAAGCGGACAAUCCAUGAGGAAAGAGACGAUAACGAACUCUGCUACUAACUCGGGUUAAUCUGCCACGUGGACAUAUCGAUGCCGUACACGUGUGGCUUCUCCAUUGGCCCCACCGCCUACCUCCGCUCCCUCAUACCUUCGUUCACGUUCAAUCCGCCAUUUCUGCACAUUCUCACCUUUUCCCCAGAAAGUCUUGUGAACUUUUUUCUCCCAUUACUCUUUCCGUCGUUAUCAGAAAGACGAAAGCUUUUCUUCUUUUGCUUGCCACUUUCUGGACUUGGUUCUGUCUCACGUUACAUCUUUCCGCAGGUUUUCCUUUCUUACGCUCCAAGAAAGAAAAUCUUGAGUAUCAUUUUUCCUUCAAUCCAAACACUUCCCGAGAAAAGAAAAACGAAAGAACCAAACUUUCUCGUGAAACUCGGUCCCUCAGUCUUUGAUGCCUGCGGAGUCAAUCUCUUAAUACAUCCACAAGAAGAACCCACUUGCUUUUCUUAGACACCCAUCAAAGAAAAUCCACAGGCCCGUAUUAUUUCCCGAGAAACAAACAGAAAAUCAGCCCCAGAGAAUGGCGGGAAACGAGUGGAUAAAUGGGUAUCUGGAGGCGAUAUUGGACAGCCGAGCUCAGGCGAUAGAGGAGCAGCGUCCGCAGGCGCCGCCGGUGAAUUCGAGAGACGGAGGGCAAUUCUUCAAUCCGACAAAGUACUUCGUCGAGGAGGUCGUAACCGGCGUGGACGAGACCGACCUUCACCGGACAUGGAUCAAGGUCGUCGCCACGCGUAACUCCCGUGAGCGCAACUCGCGCCUCGAGAACAUGUGCUGGAGAAUCUGGCACCUCACUCGCAAGAAGAAGCAGCUGGAAUGGGAAGUGUCGCAACGGCAAGCGCACAGAAGAUGGGAAAGGGAACAAGGACGAAGAGAUGCGACGGAGGAUUUGUCGGAGGACUUAUCAGAAGGGGAGAAAGGUGACGGCGUCGGGGAAAUCGUUCAACCAGAGACGCCCAGGAGAAGGUUGCAACGCAAUCCCUCAAUCAUCGAGAUCUGGUCCGAUGACAAGAAAGAGAAUCGGCUCUACAUCGUACUCAUCAGCUUGCACGGGCUGGUUCGUGGGGAGCAAAUGGAGCUUGGUCGUGAUUCCGACACUGGUGGACAGGUGAAAUACGUGGUGGAGCUAGCUCGAGCGCUUGCAAAGAUGCCGGGUGUAUACCGAGUGGAUCUGUUCACUCGUCAAAUCUGCUCGCCGGAAGUCGACUGGAGCUAUGCCGAGCCGACAGAGAUGCUGACCGCAGGAGCUGUCGAGGAUGGAGACGCUGACGAAGCCGGAGAGAGCAGCGGAGCUUACAUUAUUAGAAUCCCCUUCGGCCCGCGAGACAAAUACCUCAGAAAAGAGCUCUUAUGGCCUCAUAUCCAAGAAUUCGUCGAUGGAGCCUUAGCCCACAUCCUGAACAUGUCCAAGGUUUUGGGCGAACAGAUCGGACAGGGCAAACCCGUGUGGCCUUACGUGAUUCACGGGCAUUACGCCGAUGCAGGAGACAGUGCGGCUCUUCUGUCAGGUGCAUUGAAUGUUCCGAUGGUCUUGACGGGUCAUUCCCUCGGGAGAGACAAGCUGGAGCAGCUUCUGAAGCAAGGGAGGCAGUCGAAGGAAGAUAUAAACUCGACGUAUAAGAUCAUGAGGAGGAUAGAGGCGGAAGAGCUUUCUCUUGAUGCUGCAGAGCUUGUAAUCACGAGCACAAGGCAGGAGAUCGACGAGCAGUGGGGACUGUAUGAUGGGUUCGAUGUCAAACUCGAGAAAGUCUUGAGGGCUCGUUCUAGACGCGGUGUUAAUUGUCACGGACGGUUCAUGCCAAGAAUGGCUGUCAUUCCUCCGGGAAUGGAUUUCACGAAUGUCGUGGUGCAAGAAGAUACACCUGAGGUCGACGGGGAGCUAUCAGCGUUGACAGGAGGAGCCGAGGGGUCCUCUCCAAAGGCGGUUCCGACCAUAUGGUCCGAGGUUAUGAGAUUUUUCACAAAUCCGCACAAACCGAUGAUCUUGGCACUGUCUAGACCCGACCCGAAAAAGAACAUAACCACCCUUUUGAAAGCCUUUGGAGAGUGCAGGCCUCUCCGGGAGCUAGCUAAUCUCACUCUGAUAAUGGGAAACCGGGAUGAUAUAGAGGAGAUGUCAGCCGGGAAUGCCAGCGUUCUUACAACGGUUCUGAAACUCAUCGACAAGUACGAUCUUUAUGGCCUUGUCGCCUACCCCAAGCAUCAUAAGCAAUCUGAUGUUCCUGACAUAUACAGACUUGCAGCCAAAACAAAGGGAGUUUUCAUAAACCCAGCUCUUGUCGAGCCUUUUGGCCUUACACUGAUCGAGGCUGCAGCUCACGGGCUUCCGAUGGUGGCAACAAAGAAUGGAGGACCAGUUGACAUACACCGGGCUUUGGGCAAUGGGUUGCUCGUAGAUCCGCACGAUCAGGCAGCCAUAGCUAACGCAUUGCUCAAGCUGGUGUCGGAGAAGAACCUGUGGAUGGAUUGCAGGAAAAACGGGUGGAAGAACAUUCACCUGUUCUCGUGGCCAGAGCAUUGCCGGACUUACCUCACCCGAGUGGCCGCCUGUCGUAUGAGACAUCCACAGUGGCAGACCGACAUGGAUGAACUGGCUGCUAACGAGGACGAAUCUUCCCUCAACGAUUCUCUCAAAGACGUCCAAGAUAUGUCUCUGCGUUUAUCUGUGGACGGAGACAAAUCGUCCUUGAGCUACUCCGUCGACCCUAAUGCCGAUCCUGUCAAGCAAGUCAUGAGCCAGUUCAGGCAACCCGAAUCCGAAACCAAAGCCAGAACCGAACAGGGGAAGAAGGCUACGGAUAACGCCGGGAGCAAGUAUCCGGUCCUGAGGCGAAGGGGACGGCUGGUGGUCUUUGCAUUGGACUGCUACGACGAAAAUGGAGCUCCGGACGCGACCAGGAUGAUCCCGAUCAUUCAGAACGUGAUAAAGGCGGCGAGAUCGGAUGCGCAGAUGGCGAGAAACACGGGAUUCGCGAUCUCGACGUCGCUGCCGCUGGACGAGUUGACUCAGUUCAUGAAGACGGGAAAGAUGCAGGCGAGCGAGUUCGACGCGUUGAUAUGCAGCAGCGGGAGCCAGGUGUAUUACCCGGGCGGGGAAGAAGGGAAGCUGCUGCCGGAUCAGGAUUACGCCACGCAUAUCGAUUACCGAUGGGGGAACGAAGGGCUGAAGAACACGGUCUGGAAUCUGAUGAACAACUCUCCUAAAGGAUCUGGAGGCGUGAUCGAGGAGGAUCGGCGAUCGAGCAACGAACACUGCGUGGCGUAUUCGAUAAGAGAUCGCUCAAAGGUGAUGAGAGUGGAAGACUUGCGGCAGAAGUUACGGUUGAGAGGGCUUCGUUGUCAUCCGAUGUACUGCAGGAACUCCACCAGGUUGCAGAUCGUUCCUCUUCUCGCUUCUCGUUCUCAAGCUCUUAGGUACCUGUUCGUGCGGUGGAGGUUAAACGUGGCGAACAUGUACGUCGUGGUGGGAGAGAGCGGCGACACGGACUACGAGGAGCUGAUAUCUGGGGCCCACAGGACGGUGAUCGUGAAGGGACUCGUGGCGGCGAAGGGCUCCUCCGACGAGCUUCUCCGGUCGCCGGAGUCCGACCUCCGAGAAGACAUCGUUCCGUCGGAGUCUCCCUUCGUCGGUUCGGUUAAGACCGAUUCUCCGGUUAACGAGAUAACCAACCUUUUCAAGCACCUCUCCAAAGCUACCCAUUGAUCGAUUUCCCGGUUGCAUCAUACAUACGCAUAUUAUAUAUAUGUAGAGGUACACUACAUUGGAUACAAUAUUGAACCCGAUAUUGGUCUUCUCUUAACAAAAUUGGAUUUUUGGUUCUUUUC